CCGCAGUCUCGGUCCCGAGGAGAGAAGACACCAUAUCAGCCGCCUUCUGCGGAGGAUACUCUCGAACAUGAUGCUUCCGAAAGCACUCCGUUGGAUGAAAUUUUGAGGAGACAGCAACGUCAAGGGAACGUGCCUCGCAACAACUUCGAAGAAGGCUCGUACAAAGUUGCAAGUGUAUUGCCCCGAGCGAGCAUUUUCAGCCACGACCGCCCAAAAACAACGAAGGCAAAACCCGCAACCCCACAAGUUCCUCUCCUUGGAGCAUCUCAGCGAUCGUCAGAAGUCAUCAGUCUCCUCUCUACCCCAGAUAACAGUGCAGCAGCUCCCCCUCUCCCAGCAGUUCGCUCUGCUCCCAUGAAAGAACGCAUUACUCCAGCCAAGAAGCCGCCUGCAAAGAAGUCAGGUGCCACUCCAAAGUCUGCAAGCCGCCCAAGGAAGUCAACACCAAAGACUCCCAGGGCUCCGAAGAAACAAAAGAGAAAUGCAGAUAUUGAACAACCUCUGGACUCGGUAGUAGUCAUGCAGAAGCGUGCAGCUGAUCUCAUUGUCAGUAAGGAGAUUCAAGGAGCAGAUGAAGCAAUGGAUCUUGAUUUAUUUGGUGCAGUUGUUGGCAUUACAGAAGAAGAGAAGGCGAGAAAGGAAGACGAGAUGCGCGCCGAGUCCCAACGAAAGCUGAUUGCUAAGGCUGCAGAAAUUCAAGCCAGAGAAGAGGCCGAAGAGUUUGCUGCUUUGGAGAAAGUGCGAGUCGAGGCUGAGAAGGAAGAAAAGGAGAGGCUUGACAAGGAAGUGGAAGAGGAGAGAGCAAAGGUUAGACGAGAUACAGAGAGAAAGAGACGAGAAGCUCUCGAAGAGCGUGAGCGGGAUGAGUUGCGAAGAAAAGCUGCUGAGAAGAUCGAGGUUGAUCGCAAGAAAGUAGCUGAAGAGGCACAGCGGCGCGAACGGCUCGGGAGAGAAACGAAAGAGAAGGCCGAAAAAGUCCAAGCCGAGGCCGAAGAACUUGCAAAGCGCAAGGCUAAGCAAGAAGAAGCCAAAAAGCAGGCUGGCUCUUUGAGCGCGGCGAAGGUUUCUAUGCCCGGAAAUCGAGAGAAAGCCGCCGGAGGUGAUAACGAUGGAGAUAUUGUCAUCGAAGAAGACUCUUUGUUUCUUCCAGAGACUGAGCCUGAACCUGCUGAGACCGACAAUUGGAGCAGAGACAAGUCGGCCGGACCCAGCAGUGCCGCACAGGUCUUUGCUCAAUUAGGUCCCAAGGCUGCAAUCAGCGCCUACCGUGCUGAACGAGAGGAAGCCGAGUUCCGACGUGAAAAACUGGCCAGGGAGUCUCGACUCAACGAGCGUUGGAAGAGACAAGAAGCCGCAAGGGCUGUGCAACGUGCUCCUUCGCCAAGACCUGAGCCUGUGAAAGAGAGAUCCGGACCCUCCGAAGCUCCCAAGAAAGAUCGUCCCCUUCCAAAAUCCAAAGUCCAAUCUGUUGUGUCUCCUCGUUCAGAAUCUGCAUCUAUUGCCGAAAGCGCUGUCUCACAACUAAUUCUACCUUCUUUCAUCUCUUCCGCCAACUCGUCCUUUGCUAGCAAUAUGUCGGCUCCACCGCCGCUACCUCACAAGGUCAAAUUCAUCUCUCAACUCGAGCGUGAGAAAAUUGAGAGAGAGCAGUAUGCGAAGCAGUCCAAAGAGAAUGAAGCCAAGAAGGCAGCAAGAACUGAGCAGCAGAAGGAGCAGCGCAGAAAGAACGGGGACAAGAAAGCCCGCGAGAGACAAAAGCAGCGGAUUAUUGAUGAGGCAGACAGGCUCGGGAUGGACAUUUCAGAAGAGGACUUGGAGACUCAAGUCGAGGCAUAUAUGACCAAGCGGGAGGCCGAAAGACAGCGCCGACGCCAGAGAGAGGCUAUAAAGAAGAGCGUCCAAGACUUUGAACCCGACAAUCUCGCUUUGGAAGCUCUUAUGCAACGUCAAAGCCGGGCUUCUCCUGAAAUUACUGCUUCAUACACAUCUGCUGCCGGUGACGAAGAGCUUACUCUGGAGGAGCAAGUGCGACGAAGAAAUGAAGCUGUCAUGAAAGAAAGCAUGGAGGCUCUGGCUCGGCAAAGGAAUACUUCGUUUGCCCGUGCCGCUGCAAAGAAGACCGUUGCCAACUUCCAAUCUGAUUCCGAGUCCGAGGAAGAUCCUGACCCCGAGCCAACAAAGACUUCCCAAAAGGACCACGCGGGAAACGACAGCCGGUCUGUUUCAGGCGAGAGUGAUCCAGAUGACGAUAAAGCAGAUGAUGAGGAAGCAAAUGCAGGCAAGGGACUAAGUCCUGAUGAGCACGAUGCGCAGAUUGUUCCGCCUCUCCCAGAUAUGACUGCUUCAUUUGAACAUCGCACUCGUCCUAAUGAACGCCACAACCGCCGCAAGAAACCACAACCCGAGAUCUCCUCCGCUGCUCGAGGCCUCAUCAAUAACCCAAACUAUUCCGAGGACCAGCUCGUCAUGCUAUACAUUGUUAAGAAGGAGCUUACUUUCAAUGGUAAAGAGCUGACCGUCAAAGGCGAUUGCAAGGAGGCCAUUCUGGCUCAGUUCAUGUCAAGGAAGGAGGCGAAUGACUAUGCCGCAGCCGAAGUCCAAAAGCUCCGCCAACGACCAACUAAGUCAAUUAGUGAAGGUCUUGAUGACGACGAUCUAUACUAUGCAACUGUGGCCUAUGAUCGAGGAGACAAGAAUCAAGCAGAUGUCUUCGUUACGGCAUGUCCAAUGUCUUCGGGCGAGAUCAUCGACUUCGAUCCCGCAAAAGUUGAUAACCGCCUCGAGGAGAAGACCUACUUUGUAGUGCAGUUCCUUAGUCAGAAGAAAGUCGACAAAGAGACUGGCGAGGUCCACAUCCACCACAAUGAACCGGAGAUCCUCAGCCACUUUUCGCAGCUCGUAAUGGCCAACCACGACGCAUGUAAACGCCUCAUCGACUUGUUGCAGCCAAAGAGGGCGAGAAUGGACUACGUCGAACAACAUACAAAUUUAUUGGCACCACAGCUUAGGGAAUUGAGGGACAAGGCUAAUGAGGAGAGGAAGGUAUUCGAGGCUGAUAUUGAUCGGGAUGAAGACCAGUUGCAGUGGGUUGAGUUUGACACGGUUAGGAUGGAGGUUCGAUUGUUUCCCAUUAAGGGACCGAGGAACUGAUUCUCCCUUCUCCUUCCCAUUGUUCUAUACGAACACCAAAUCUUCAUUUGAUUCUCAUUACGCAAAGUUUCGCGGGACAUUCACAAGCAUGUGUGCAACGGCCGGAGCAGAGUCUUCACAGUUCUGCGCUUCUCUAGAAGAUUCAAUGCAUUGCUUUAUCCGAUGAUUGGGCCACGGCAGUGUGGUACAAUGGGCGGGCACUUCACCAUCGUGUAUUUUAGAUUCCGCAAAAUACAAUGCAUGGAUUUCUUAAAUUCGGCUUUAUUCAUUGUACUUGUG